AUCAACGCAAGUUGAAAAUGCACGUCUACUUCAGCGUCGACCAGCGCCACCAUGGCGUCGGGCCGGUCAAGUAUGCAUGGGAUCCGACGGGAAACUUCCUCGCGUCUACGGGAAGCUCCCGCGUGGUCCACAUCUUCGACCGACGCGGGGAGCUCGUGGACCAAAUCGUGCCGCCGUCGCCGUCGAUCUGUACCCAUGUGGCAUGGAGCAACUCGCGCGACCGCAAGGUCCACGGGUUAACCCUGGCAGUGUCGCAAGCAAACUCGUCGGUGCUCGUGUUGUGGUCCGCGGCAACGCACACGACCCAUCACGUGGACGUGAACGUGAAGGAGAUCACGCUGCUCUUAUGGAACAAAGCCAAGUCCACCACCAUGGAAGGUGUCGAGGACAACUGCAUGUUGCUCGCGAUCGGGACAUCCAGGGGGCAAGUCGUGUUCUACGACAUGCCGGACGAAGUCGUGUCCUCCGCGCGUGUCCAUCGAGUCGCGCUUCGACCGGCCUUAGCCAAGCACAAGAAGAAGAUCUUAUGUGGGGACUGGAAUGCCCAGAACGAGUUUGCGUUUGGAAGCGAAGAUCGCCAAGUGUCCAUCUGCUACGGAAAGGACGGAUCGGUGAUCGACCAGGUCAAGAUCAAGGCGGCGCCCGUGGGCAUCCACUUUGGCGGCCGCCGCUCGACCGCCGUCAAGCGCAUCGUAAGCGUCAAUAUGGGCAGGGAAACUAUUCUUCUCUACGACCUCAAUGAGAAGGACAACGCGCUCGAGCUGGCGUUCCAGGCGCGAUAUGGAGACAUCGUCGACUACCGGUGGUUCGGCGCGGGGUACAUCGUCGCAGGCUUCUCGCUCGGCUAUGUGGUCGUGAUUUCUACGCACAUGAACGAGAUCGGGCAAGAGCAGUAUUGCGCCAAGUUCCACGACACUUGGCUCCAUGCGAUCUGCUACAACGAGAUCAACGGCAUGGUCGCGACCUGUGGAGACGCGUGCAUUAAGGUCGUGCGCAUGGCCGACUGGAAGGUACGAACGAGGACGUGCUUCGUGAGGGGAAUCAACCACGACGACGUGUAUGUAGGAGAUUGCGAUGGAGAACUUGCACCGCGACGCCGCCGCGUUCGACGACUUGAAUUGGACCGUUGACGGUCGCUUGCUCAGCGUGAGCUGUCACAAUGGAUGGCUGCAUCACUUCAAGCUCGUGCACAUGGAACAAGCGUGUACUACCUUGGACAGUGCCGCAUUGCCCUCCGCCGCGCACUUGAUCGCCGCCAUCCUCACGCCGUUCACCCCCCCUGUCCUCGUGUUCACUGUCGUGUCGAUGGUCGGGUGCAUUACGCUUGCCAUGUCGUGGGCGCUGGAAGUAUCAGUGUGGCAGCUUUUGCAGGCCAUGUUCGGGUUUGGACUUCGGUUGUAAAGUUGUAACGGUGCAGUUAUCCAUGUGAGAUACGUCAACGACAUGGGGUCAUGCUGAGAUAUGUCGGGCGGAUCAAAUGGUUGGUCGCAUGAAGUGACACCAGCCUUGGGUCAAACCACAAGGGUGUUGCUUCACCUUCUUCAUGUUUCGUCCUCUCAAGAUGCAUGCAUGACCUCACCCACCUUCGGCAUCAACAGAUUGCGGCAUUGUAUACAGUACUCGUGGC